AUGGAAGGGUCCAUCCAACUCCUGGUCUGCUUGGUGUGUGUCCUCCAGAUGGGAUCCCUUGUGAAAACUAGAAGAGAUGCUUUUGGGGAUUUGCGCAACACAGAGGCUCACAGUGCUCCCGCGCAGCGCUGGUCCAUGCAGGUGCCGGCGGAGGUGAACGCGGUGGCGGGCGACGCAGCGGUGCUGCCUUGCACCUUCACCCACCCGCACCGCCACUACGACGGGCCGCUGACCGCCAUCUGGCGCACUGGCGAGCCGUUCGCCGGCCCGCAGGUGUUCCGCUGUGCCGUGGCACGGGGCAGCGAGCUGUGCCAGACCGCGCUGAGCCUGCACGGUCACUUCCGCCUGCUGGGCAAUCCCCGUCGCAAUGACCUGUCGGUGCGCAUCGAGCGCCUCGCGCUGGCCGACAGCGGCCGCUACUUCUGCCGCGUGGAGUUCGCCGGGGACGUCCACGACCGCUACGAGAGCCGCCACGGGGUCUGGCUGCGGGUGACUGCCUCACCGCGGAUCGUCAACAUCUCAGUGCUGCCGGGUCCAGCGCACACCUUCCGCGCGCUCUGCACAGCUGAAGGGGAGCCCCCGCCUGUCCUCGCCUGGUCUGGCCCCGCCCUAGACAACAGCUCAGCCGCUGGGCAGGGUCAAGGUCACGGAUCCCAGGUGACCGCUGAGCUGCCAGCGCUGACCCGCGACGGCCGCUACACCUGCACGGCAGCCAACAGCCUGGGCCACGCCGAGGCCAGCGUCUACUUGUUCCGUUUCCGAGGCACCACGGGGGCCUCCUCCGUAGUGCUCCUGCUGGGCUCGCUGGGCCUCAAGGUGCUGCUGCUGCUCGGUGUUCUGGGCGCACGAGCCACCCGCCGCAGACUAGAACACCUGGUCACCCAGGACACUCCUGCAUGGUCUCAGGCUCAGGAGUCCAAUUAUGAAAAUUUGAGCCAGACAAACCCCCAGAGCCAUCAACUGCCACGAGUUUGCUGUGAGGAAUUCCUUGGCCACCAGCAUCCAGCUGUGCACCAUGGGAAAUGA